AUGGAUAAAUUCUUACUUUCAUUUCCUUUUUCCAAGAUUGAUUUGAAUUCACCAUCGUUGCCAAUUAUAGAUGUUUUAAUCAUUGAUGUUCAGUUUUUGCAACAAAAUCAACAAAAUUCCGAUAAUAAACAACUUUAUAAUUUAAUUCAAGAAAUUAUUGAACAAAUUCAACCACAACACGAAAUAUAUUUACUAACAAAAAGACCUUUACCUGUUAAUGAUGAUUCUCAAGAAAAUUCACAGAAUUUCAUUGACUUUCUUCGAAAUGAUGUAAAAUCAAUACGAAAUUCUCAUUGUAGAAUACAAUUUAUAGAAUUUGACGAUAAUAUUGAGCUCAAAUCCUCAUUAAAAUUUUUAUAUAAUUCGAAUUUCCAAUAUAAUUACAAUACUAUCAUUGUUUCAAACGCCGAAAUAGUCUUACCUCUGGUAUUAUCUGAUAAAUGGAGCAGGAUUCUUCUAUUAAAUACAAUAGAAGUCACAAAUUACUUUAAUUUUAUCAAUUACAAAUUUUCUUGCUAUAACAUUGAUAUAAUUAUAAGAUUUAUCAUCAAAUAUUUGAAAAUUCCAACUGAUAAGGCAAUUAGAGAUUUAAUUGGAAUAUUUGCUUUAUCAAAGCUUAAUAUUGAUAUAUUUACUGUCUUAAACGUAUACAAUCAAUCAUAUAAACAACGCCAGCUUGUAUCUGAAGCAUUUUCUUUCAAUAAAAAUCAAUUAAUAAAUAUUGUUGAAAAAUUCGGAAAUAUUAAAGGAAAAUCAGAAGAUUUAUCAGCAACAAAGUGCAAAACUAUUGUAUCAGCGCUAGAAUCUUAUCUUAAAUGUUAUUUAUUGGGAAGAAAUGAAAAAGAUGCGUUCAAUUCUUUUGAAGGAGUUAAUAUUGCCAUUUUAACAAACUACAUUAGAAGAGAUUAUAGUCCUGAUAACAAUUUACAAUCAAAUGAAUCAAUUUUCACACCAAAAUUAGAAUUAUUACAAGAAUCUAGUUAUAUCUCUUCACAACAAGGUUCUCAUUACUUUCCAAGUACUGAUGAUGGUGUUCAAUAUGUUGUUAUUCCAAAAGACAAAGUUUUUGUCAUUGAAAUUUUAGAAAAUUCAAUUUCUCAGCAAAAAAGUGAACUUUAUAUUGGACAUCCUGUAUUUGUGAAUUGGCCCUCAUUAUAUCCAGCACUAGUAAGUGAUGUACAAACUGAUUCUUCAUUUAAUCAUCCUUAUUUUAAGCAGAAAGAACAAGAUAAAGUAGUAAGUGUUAGACCACUUGUAUCAAUCAAUUCUUCUAAUACAGAAUUCGCAUUUUCUGAUAUAGAAAUCAAAUUUCCUUUGUCAAAUUGUUUUAAUUUGAAACAAUUUCCUGAAGCAUUAGAAAGAACAGAGAAAAAUCAAGCAAUAUUAGAAGAAAGGCCAUAUUUUAUUACUAAAGAUGGAAGAUUUGGAUAUAUAAAGAAAGAAAAUGAAAAAUUAUUAUAUUUCAUAUCGAAAGAGAAGGUUCCUGAGUUUCAAUCAAUGCCAAAUGAAACAGAAAACGUUUUCAAAUGCUCACAAGUACAAAAUUUCCAAAAAAUUCAAAGUAUCUAUGGAAAAUCUUUUGACAAAGAUAAAAUAACAGUUAAACAAAUCAUGAGAUCACUUCCAGAUAAGAUAGAGUUUGAUAAUACAGAAUUCUGCGUUAAAUUUAACGAAAAAAUAAUUUGGAAGUUAGAUACAAAAUAUAUUAACUCUAUUCAAGAAGAAAUAGCAAGUGGAUCGUAUGAUAUCCUUCUAAAGUUUGAUCAAGAAGAGUUUAAAGAUGAUUUUCCAUUAGAAUCUAAAAUUAUUCACAAAAUUCCGAAACCAGGGGAUAGCAUUGUAUUAUCAUUAUAUGAUGGUGAUUAUAGAUUUGGAAAAGUUAUCCAAACCAUUCCUUGGAUUGAUAAAGCAAUAAUUCUUCCAAUUUUUAGUUUAAGCAGCGAAGAACAAGUAGCAAGAAUACCCGUUCUUGUUCCAUAUGGCAGUAUUUUUUAUCUUUUCUAA